UAGAAGUGAAUCCUCGGCACGUCACCCGCCAGAUCCUUCCAGCAGCUCCACCGGUGAAAUCCUCCGUCCCGUACAUGAGUCACCAUGGCCUUCUAGAUCUGCACCCAACAAGUGUGCCGCUGCACUUGUGCCGCCCUCUGCCAACAACCGCAAUCAUGGCGUCUUUUCCUCGCUCUGCGCCUUCCGCUGCCAACUACAGCUGGAAUCGUGCCUCCAACCAAUUCUUCGGCCUCAACCUGAAUAAUCCCGGUCAAAAUGUCUCUCCUGGCGGCUUUGAAUCUGGACCUGGAGAUGUCCAUGGUGCCAGUUAGCGCUCUGCACUGGCGGGCAGAUCUCCUUAAGAUCCCUGCUCAUGGAAAUCACUAUGAACACCUAUCAGUGCCCAUGGAGGACGGGGUGAAUGUGCACGGGGCCGAGGGAGGAUGCCUGGCAGGGGAUGGAUUCACGGAUUGGAUGACGGAAAGGGUGGACUUUUCAUGUUAUCUGCCAAUGAUGGCGGAUCCAUCCAUGCCAGGGCCUUCUGCCCCAGACCUGGAGAUCAUGGCCACCCUCCUGAAGAAGGAGCUGGAGCAGAUGGAAGAUUACUUCCUGGAGGAGAGUCUCUCCCCAGGGCUUCCGAUGCCACCUGAUCAAGUAGCUCCAAGCACACCCCCUUCUCAUGAAGUCCACUUCCUCUUUCCAACGCCCGACCAGCAGCUGUGUGGGAGAGGAGUAGAGUUCCCUGCGUACAUUACGGAAAUAUCAGCACCUGCCCCCGUGGCACUGAACAACCUAGAUUCGGGAUGCCUCGAGCUCAUGAAUCUAUACACAGAUGUUCCAAGUGAUUUCCCAAGAGAAGAAGAAGAGCAGGAUUUUAUGGUGAUCCACGACACCAAUGACCCGCCAGCACAACAAACCAAACGACUAAACAGGCCUACCCCGUAUGACCACCCUGCCACAGCCAGCACCAGCUCCUCAGUCUCACACCAACCAAGAGGCGACCGCAAACAGAAGAAGAGAGACCAGAACAAGACGGCGGCGCUGCGCUACCGCCAGCGCAAGCGUGCCGAAUACGACGCACUGGAUGAAGAAUGUCAGGGCUUAGAAGUCCGAAACAGGGAGCUGAAAGAAAAGUCCGACUCCAUCGAAAGAGAGAUCCAGUACGUGAAGGACCUUCUCAUUGAGGUCUACAAGGCCAGAAGUCAAAGGCUCCGCAACAAUUAGAACGUUUUGUACACUGAAAAGCAUAAAAACUUUGGACUAGUGACCACUUUCUAGAGCAGCCUAUCCGGCAUUGUAAAGUAAGGCAUUAGUUUGGGUCCCUAAAAAAAUCUAACACGUAUCUAUGCCUUAUACUCCGAGACUAGCUGCAAAGCAUGAAUAUCGAAAGGUUCCAUGGUUCUAAUCAUCCAAUGCCUCUCUUGGUCCAGAAAUGUCAUGGUUUCCAAGGUUGAAAAGCCCUUCCUGGUCCAGAAGUUCCAUGGUUCUAAAAUUUCAAUGUCCCUUCUGGUUCAGAGGUUCCAGAUUCCAAGGUUCCAACACCCCUUCUCGUCCAGAGAGUCCAAGGUUAUAAGCUUUCAGUGCUUUUCUUGGCUCAGAGGUCCCAUGGUUCUAAGGUUCCUACAGCCCCUGGUCCAGAGGUUCCAUGGUCCUAAGGCUCAAAAACCCCCUCUGGUCCAGAGGGUCCAUGGUUAUAAGCUUUCAAGGCCUUGCUUGGCCCAGAGGUUCCAUAGUUCUGAGGUUCAAAUGCCCUUUCUGGUGCAGAGGUUCUAGGAUUCUAAGGUUCCUUCAGUCCCUGAUCCAAAGCUUCCACAGUUCUAAGGUUCCAAUAUCCCUUCUGGUCCAGAGAUUCCAUGGUUAUAAGCUUUCUGUGCUUUUUUUGGCCCAGAAGUUCCAUGGUUAUAAGGUUUAAAUGUCCCUCCUGGUUCAGAAGUGCUAGGGUUCCCACCCCCCCUCCCCCGGUCCAGAGAUUCCACGGUCCUAAGGCUCCAAUACCCCUUCUGGUCUAGAGAUUGCAUAGUUAUAGGCUUUCUGUGCCUUCCUUGGCCCAGAGGUUCCAUGGUUCCAAUGCCCUUUCUGGUCCAGAAGUUCUAAUGUUCCUACAGCCCCCGGUCUAGGAGGUUCCACGGUCCUAAGUCUCCAAUAUCCCUUCUGGUCAAGAGGGUCCAUGGUUAUAAGCUUUCUGUGCUUUUUUUGGCCCAGAGGUUCCAUGGUUCUAAGGUUUCAAUGCCCCUUCUGGUCCAGAGAUUGCAUAGUUAUAAGCUUUCUGUGCUUUACUUGGCACAGAUUUUCCAUGGUUCUAAGGUUUCAAUGCCCCUUCAGGUCCAGAGGUUCUAAGGUUCCCACACACCCCCGGUCCAGAGGUUUCAUGGUCCCAUGGCAUCAAUACCCCAGUGCAGACGUUCCAUGGUUAUAAGCUUCCAGUGCCUUUUUUGAUAAAAAAAAAAAAAAGUUUCAUGGUUCAAAUGCCCCUCCUGGUCCAGAUGUUUCAUGGUUGUAAGGUUCCAAGGUUCCUCCACCAACACCACUCUUGGACAGGCCAAUUACUGCAGCUCUCCCUUUUACCAAAGCAUUGGGGAUAGAAUAUAACUUUCUAUGCAUGCAUUUUCUCAAACACAGAUCUUUUUAGAGACCCAACUGAUAUUUUACCAAGACAAAAAAAUAAAUACAAUACAAACCGGCAUAGGCAAAGUCUUCAGAAUCUUGCAGACCUCUGACUUUUUUUUUCGAAUGUGAUGUAGUGAGGUGUUUAUGUUACGUUUUUACCAAAUAGUUGUAGCUUUUUGGAGUGGAUAAAUAAAAAGGUGUACCAAGUUCUGUCUCUGGGAAAGCCUUUUACCCUCAA